UCAAAUUACAAUAAUUAAUUAACCCAACCAUCGGGUAUAUAUAGAAGUCUCUUCCUCUCAUUGUUCCACACCAUCAACAAAGACAAAGACAAAGACAAGAACAAGAGUUUAAACAUCAAACAGAGAGUUUCAAGUUUCAGACAAAGAACAAAGAAUCUAAAGAUGAAUUCUAAGGCAAUGCAAGCUUUGAUCUUUCUUGGUCUCUUGGCCACUUCAUGUCUCGCUCAAGCUCCGGCUCCGGCACCAACCACCGUUACUACUCCUCCACCCACGGCUCUUCCUCCAGUGACUGCUGAAACACCUUCGCCAGUUGCUUCACCUCCGGUUCCAGUUAACGAGCCAACUCCAGCUCCAACCACCGCUCCAACAACAUCUCCAGUCGCUUCUCCCCCUCAGACCGAUGCCCCUGCUCCUGGUCCCUCUGGAUUAACUCCGAGUUCGUCCCCAGCUCCAGGACCAGACGGUGCCGCUGAUGCGCCAAGUGCCGCGUGGGCUAACAAAGCUUUCCUUGUGGGAACAGCUGUUGCCGGAGCUGUAUACGCUGUCGUUUUGGCUUAGAGAGCUUUUGAUGAGUUUGGUGGAUUUCGAUCCUCUGCUUUCUAUCACUGUUUUAUUGUAAUCACGUCUUCUCGUUCAUAUAUUUUUGUUCUUUUUUUUUUUACUAUUGUUAUUCUUUUGACGUGUAUAAUUUGGUUGGGGGCUGAGAUGAACAUAGUGACGAUAUGAUGUAAUUCUAUUAUUAUAAAUUAAAAUAAUUCUUUUAUCUU